UUAUAAACGAGUACACUCAGAUGUAUUUGGCCAAGUUGAAUUACAAUUUCUAUAAUUUUUAGGUUUAUAAAUAAGACUAGUCAGAACUUCUUAGAUUAACAGAGAUCUCUUGCAGUAAGAAUUAAAAGGAAUAAAAAUCUACACCUGUGAAAGCAAAGGUAAUUUUAAGACAAGCCUUAUGCUGGCAGCUUAUCUGACUGGAAUACCCAGCUACACAGGCUUCUCAUUGUUUUUAUAGCCACAGUUGUUCGAUAGCCACAUGUAAUUAUUUCCUCUAAAGGGACAAACUGCUAAAUAUCUUCAGGGGAGUGCGCUCAGGCCAAGUUUGGGUAUAGAAGAGACGAGGUGACACUCUGGAGCUAAAUAGGAAUUCUAAACAGUGAGGGAAGAAGGUCUGUCAAGGCUCUAACCUGCUGUGCUGCAGAUGUCUACCUAGGAAAGUUUUUUCCAGUUUGAAAAAAACAGGAAAAGAAGGCAUCCUUGUCUAUCCCUCUUGUUCUGUGCCCAAUCUAAGGUGUCCGUUAGACUUUAUCUCAUCCAGUGCCAGUGGCAGCUGACUAGAGGUGCAAGGAAGUGGCCAGAGCCAGGUUAGCUGUUGUUCUUACCAUUCUCUAAUUUUGUCUAAGGGCUGAAAGGCAGAUAAAUCUGGACUAAAACUAUACAUUUAUUUCUUGAGAGUUUCAGGAUUAAACCUCGACCAGUUUUCUGUAUGGCCCACAGAUAAAUGAAGGUCAGCUUUACUCUGGAGGGAUUCCAAGGAGGGGAGACUCACCAUUCUGGAAGCUUUGUCUUGAAAUCUAGCAGCCACAGAAGAGGGAAGUGCCUCGAACCAAACACUGUUGACAAAUGUGUUACUUCUCAGGGUCAGGGCAAUGGAGAAGGGACAGAAGAGUGCCUUUAAGUAUAGUAUAAGAGCAAAAUCUCAGGUGUAGAAGGACAUUUAGGAUCAGGAGCUUUUCCAGAGUGGAUCUGCAAUCCUUACCAAAACAUGUCUCUAGACAUGUUUUUUUUCCUAUGAUUUUUUUUUUUUUUGACAUGGGGAUCGAACUCGGGACUUUGCACUUGUGAGGCAGGUAGCAGCACCGCUGAGCCAAGUCCCCAGCCCACAAAAGCUAUGAUUGACUCCAACUGAAUUAGCAAGCAGAAAAAUCAAACCAAUAAUCAAAGAACCUGAAUGGCUGCUUCUGCCUCUUGAAAGAGAAUAAAGGUAUUCUAAUUAUAUUGUUUAGGGCUUUCUAAAGUAAAUUAUUUUGAAUCUAUAAUAUCUAACUUACGACUUAAAUACCCUGCAGGCUGUUGAGCAGCUCCCUGAUGUUGUAGAAACACUCACAAAGCCACGUUUCACCUUUUAUUAACAUACAGACUGAAAUGGUGUCCUGUAGGUAGGCACUUAGAAGUGCUUGUUUGAGCUUCUGGAAUGCCAUCUGGGAACUAGGUUCCCAGGUUAAAAUAUGGCUGUCUUUUGGGCUUUUCUAUAAGCUGGUAGAUGGGUCACACAAUCUCACUAUAUCCUGUUAUCUAAAGGUGACAAAAGCCUGUAAUUUCUAGAAAUCUCCUUAGCUGUAGAGUCUUGGGCUGUGGAAAGGAAAGAAUCGAUUUAAUUCUUUUUUUCCCCAGUCUUUGGGUUCCCUUAGAUAUAAGGCCUAAAUAUUUUACCUCAAGGCCGCAAAGUUAUGCCUUAGAUCUAGAAACAUUAUAACCUCUGUUAGAAAAUUCAGCAGAGCAGAUGUCUUGGCUAGAACGCUCUUCUGAGGGGGCACAUAACAUACCAUCUACAUACUGCAAGACUGUGACUUUGGAAAAACUAUAGUAUUUCCUUUUAUCAAAUCAGGAUCUAGGGAUGUCCUUAUCAUUUUCCUGAUAAAUAGUUGACAAUUUAAAAUAAUUGAAGGGCUCAGUUCUCAUCUUUCUUAGAUCUUUCAGAUUACAUGCCUGAAAAUGUCUUCUGUUUUAAUCUAUCUGAUUGACAGCCCAGUUGGGGCUUGUAUAGAAACCACUUGUAUUCUAGUAGGAACCAGUUCCCUUGGCUGCCUGUCUUCUGAGCUUCCAAAAUAAAGAUAAUAUGUGUCUCUAUGUAGUACAGCUUGUAAUACUAUUUGUCUCUCAAUGUUUGAUUUAAGAGCAACGUUAUAUCUUUCUACUCUAGUCCAUAGAUCUGAGUAAGUUCUUCAAAGACCUCAGUGUACAUAUCAGGGUCAUCUGAAAACUUUUAGAUCUCAUUUGACCUGUCUUAGAUCACUGAGAGAAAAAGACACAUAAACAUAGGUAGUCCCAUAUUUGCCAUUUACUUCCUGCAAGGGAUAUUGUCUUUAAGGGGUUUGAACAAAAUUAGCUAUGGAUGGAUAUAGUUCUGUAGAGGUUUUAACUACAGCUGGCUUGGGAAUUUCACCCUUAGAUUCUAAAGGAUAAGGGGGAGGGAUCUCAGGCUCUAAAGGGCAAGUGGGAAAAACUUCAAGUUUGGAGGUAGGUAGAGCUUUCACUGGGAUUGCCUCAGAAACUUUGUCCUCAUGGUCCAAAAGGCGAGGGUGGAAAACCUCAGGUUUAGUGCUAAGGACUGGAGGAGUCUCAUCUUCCUGCAGCAUAUAUUUACACUUGGAACACAAAUCAGGAUUAUCUCAAUGCAAGAAGAAAGAUCUGGACAUAAGGCAAUUCUGACCAUCUUUCCUCUUUUUUACAAUAUAAUCCUAGUUGUGAAAUGGCGUCAUAAUUAAUACUUCCUUCUGCAUUUCAUCCUGGCUCUAGAGGAUAGGCAGGCCAUGCCCGGGUGCAGAAGAAUGUUAGGUUCUCAGUAUGUGAGGAUCGAACUUCUGCCAGUGUUUAAGAAUAUAUUCCAGGGCUGGGGAUUUAGCUGAGUGGUUUUGGUGCCUGCCUCCCAAGCACAAGGUCCAGAGUUCAAUCCCCAGUACUGAAAAAAAAAAAAAAAAAAUUCCAAAGGAGUAAGAGAUUUUGACUUGGCAGUCCCACAUUCUGGAAAAAACAGAAUCAGGGCAUCCCUAUGAUUCUGAUUGAUUCCUUAUGCUCCUAGAGUGUCCUGUAGGAUCACAGCUCCAUGGCAGUUGGCUGCCAUCUGGAGAGAGCCCAGAAGGUAAAUUGGACUGGAGUAGCCACCCUUUAAGAGCGUGCAAUCUUACUUUCCCCAGGGAACUUGUGUUUUUACUCCUGUAUGAAUUUCAAAAGCUCAAGAUACAGUUGAUUUUAUUUGUAAGAUCAUGUCUUUUUGAAGGAAACAUUGUUAGCCAAACUGGUAAUCAAAAGUAAAACACUGUUUUCUAAAUCUUUGAGAGAGAAUGAGGCAGAUAGAUUAAAAGGUUACAUCACCUUAGGCAGUCUUGACUGUCUAGUGGAGACUUGACCAAUAGGUAGUUUAUAGGGGGGGUGGGUGGUCUUUUUUUACAUAGGUUUGUUGAGGUAUAGUUGAUAUGCAAAGAAUUAUACAUAUUUAAAAUGUAUGCAAUUGUUAAUACCAUCACAUAUUUGACCCUGUAUUUAGCUCCUACUAAAUUGUUUUUCCUUUCAUUUUGUUACAUUUUCCUUAUGUUUUAGCUGUUAGGAAAAAUUUAUAGUUUUUCCAGUUUUUUUGCAGAUAUACUUGGCUUUGCUUGAAAUGGCUGUACAUUCCUUGGUUCAGUUGAUGAAAUUCCUAUUUGUCCUUCAGCAUCUAACAGCUUAAGUGUUGUCUCAUAGGUGAUACAUUGCCUUAUUGUAAGGAGAGGAAUGAAUACAGUGCUUAUGAUCAGAGAGGAGACAGAUUCCUUCAAGAGUUUCCCACAUAAUUGUUCCCAUGACAGAUGUGUUUGCUUCUGUUGCAAUGAUUGUUCGCUUCCUGACCAAGCGAUUCAUUGGCGACUACGAACCGAAUACAGGCAAGUUGUAUUCCCGGCUCGUCUUUGUCGAAGGGGACCAGCUAUCCCUGCAGAUCCAGGACACACCUGGUAGUGUCCAGGCCCAAGACAACCUCAGCCAGGCAGUGGAUUCCCUGUCCAAGUGUGUACAGUGGGCAGAUGGCUUUCUGCUGGUCUAUUCCAUCACAGACUACAACAGCUACCAGUCCAUCCGGCCCCUCUACCAGCAUGUCCGUAAGGUCCACCCUGACUCAAAAGUCCCUGUCAUCAUUGUGGCCAACAAGGGGGACCUUCUGCAUGCCCGGCAGGUGCAAACACAUGAUGGCAUUCAGCUAGCUAACGAGCUGGGCAGCCUAUUCCUUGAAAUAUCCACUAGUGAAAACUAUGAAGAUGUCUGCGAUGUGUUUCAGCACCUCUGCAAGGAAGUAAGCAAGCUGCACAGCCUCAGUGGGGAGAGGAGAAGGACCUCUAUCAUCCCUCGGCCACGCUCCCCCAACAUGCAGGACCUGAAGAGGCGCUUCAAGCAGGCUCUGUCCUCCAAAGUCAAAGCCCCCUCUGCCCUGGGGUGAACCAUCUCAGGCAAACUGUGUCCUUUUUAUUAUGCACUUGUGCAGCUAAAAAGACUGGGUCUCUCCCUUUUUAAUCACAUAUUCAGAGUUUAUUUUUGUAAAAACUAUUGGUUUUCAAGUGUAUGUGUAUUUCUGAAAAUUCAAACAGUGAUUGUCUACAAGUUAGGUAGAAUUUUUUUUUUUAAUAAAAGAACUUUUUUUAAAAAACUGUAACUGCUGGUCACUUUUCCAUUAAAGGCA